CGCGUAUUUGGGUUCCUACUCCAUCUUUGACGGGGAAAUCUCGAAGAUGGAAUAAUACCUGUCUCUAGAAUGACACUAUUUACAGGGACAAGUCUCGUCGACGAUGGAUGGCUUCCCACGCCCCUUUCGCUUCCGCCUGAAUUGUAUCGAUCACUAUCAAGCCACUCCCACUACCUUUGACCCACAGCUGAAAAGGAUAAAGCGUCAGGGCCAGAAUCAAGCUCCCACUGUUCCUGUUAUCCGUGUCUUUGGCGCUACCGAGAGUGGCCAAAAGGUUUGCGCGCAUAUCCAUGGCGCAUUUCCUUACUUAUACAUACCAUACGAAGGAGGCUUGGAAGACGACGAGGUACAUGGCUUCAUCGAAUCACUAAUCCUUUCUAUCAACCAUGCACUUUCUCUAUCGUACCGCCGCAAUCCGUAUGAUCAUUCCGCCGGAACAUUCGUUGCUCAUGUCUCUCUCGUCAGGGGAGUUCCUUUCUUUGGAUACAAUGUUGGCGCGAAGCCUUUCCUUAAGGUGUACUUACUCAACCCAUUGCAUAUGACCCGACUUGCGGACUUACUCGUGCAAGGCGCUGUGCUUGCCCGGUUCAUGCAACCUCAUGAGAGUCAUUUGCAGUAUCUGGCUCAAUGGAUGUGUGACUACAAUUUAUUCGGUUGUGGAUUUAUCGAUUGCGAAAAAGUCUAUUUUCGUUCACCUGUGCCUGAAUAUGAGAACAUCGAAGAUGCCAAAGACAAAUGGCAUGCCGGGACGAUCCGACCAGAGUGGAUGUCUGAUAUGACUGAAGUUCAACGUCAAAGCCAUUGUACCCUGGAGGUUGAUGUUCGUGUAGAGGACAUCACGAAUCGACGGGAGAUUAGACCGCGGUACAUUCACCAUGAUUUCAUGGAGCGAUUCCACGAACUGAAACCAGAUGAGAAGUUUGUGCAUUCCAUGGCAGGUCUCUGGCGUGAUGAGACCAUCAGACGAAAGAAAAAAAUGGGGCUAAAUGAUCCGGGGAGCAGCCCUUUCCCACCCGAAGCUAUGGUAAGCAUGAGUGCUGAUCCGCGAGCUGAGAAAAGCGACUGGAUUCACGAAGAGGAGUAUCGGCGGCUCUUGUGCGAGAUUAUCAACCAAGAAAAAAGAGCAGAUGGAUAUCGGGACGUCAACUUUGACAGCUUUCUCAAAUCAUCUGAUAGUGUACGUCAUAUCCAAUCAGCAUUUGAGAGUGUUGAGGACCUUUACCAGGUCAAUCUGGAGAAGGCCGACAAUGGCUACCUCGGAAUGCCGCCAUCAACACAAGAAUCAAAGGUGCUAGUAGACGAGCAGAGUAUUUCGCAGACCCUAGACAACAUUGAAGAAAGUUAUUACUCUGACGAGGAAGUUGCAAAGGAGAUUUUCUUUUCCCAACGCCGUGUGAAGGACGAGCUCCUCAAGGAUUCUGACUGGCCAAGCGCAAUCAAAAGCAGAAGUCACGCAAUUACAGUGGAAGAAAAUUUUUCAAUUGACAAGCUUAUUCAAGAUGAAGAGACUGACGAUAUACCUGAUCGUCGUGAAUUAGAUGCCUUGGAGUCUAAAACAGUUCGGAAGGUCUUGAAGAGAAAAACGCUCCAACGUGAUGAGAGCUACGAAACUUUCAACAUAUCCAUAAAGAAUCAAGCGCUGGAAACUACGCCACAAGUUUGUCCACAAAGUUCUCCCAGUGACUCUUCACACAAAGGGAGAGCCCCCAAAAUUCGCAAAGUUACCUUCACACAAACCAAACCUGGAAGUCAAGGAGCAUCGUCAUCAUCUAGCCAAUUGUCUCAAAGCAGUAUCAAGGCCCAAGGGACCAAAUCUUCGAGCACACUGUCGUUCCCGGUGGUCAAACAUGCCCAUGACCCAGACACGCAGUUAAGAUUAAGCCAAAGACUUGAGUACUCCAACCUAAAGACGUCAGCAUUGACGGCUCCGAAGACAAGCAAUGAAAAAUCAGAUUUUGGGUCGCCUAUCACGCCUUUUACUAACUUGAAAUUGGCCUCGUCUGAGCUGAGUUCUGGAAUCAUUGGGGCAUCGCCUGUGAUGCUACAGAUGGCCAGUCAUUUAUCAAAGGCAUUUCCCAUUUGCAAAGGUCGGGUAUUUUGUUUGUCAGAAUUACCUCCAAGUGCUGAUGAAGUCUCUGUGUCGAUGCUUGAGUAUGGCCUGCCUCCUGUCAUCUACCAAGACGCUUUCUACGGCGAUGAGAAGGACGUCCCUGAACGGUCUCGAGAGUAUGCUGGGCGUGAAUUCAGACUUGAGAGCACAACCGUUCCAUUUCUUGCGGAUUUUGAUCCCUUGGGUAACUCUGCAGCAGCUGCAGGUGAAAAGCCUAGUGUCGUACGGGACAAAUCAAAAGAGGAAAUGAUAUACUAUCGACGCCGCAAAAUGUGUUCUCUAAAGAACUGGGAAUAUGCAGUCUCGCCACCCUCUUUUACUGAAGUGAGCCAGUGGCCUUCUUUAGCUUCGAACAGUUUAGAGUCUGGUCACAAUGGUUUAGGAUGUCUUGACAGGUCACCAGCGGAUGCUGAGAUGAUGGACAAUUUUCAUCUUGAAUUAUCACAACUAGAUGGUCCAACACAAAGAAACAAGCACGGAUUCAAAUAUUCCCAAGUGCAAAAAAAGACAAGUGUUGAACACGAAACACAGUACAUGACGCUGAUGAGCUUGGAGGUACAUGUGAACACACGAGGCAAGCUAGCACCAGAUCCCGCUGAAGACGAAAUUUCCUGUAUUGCGUGGAGCACUCAAGUCGACGUCAAGACAGCAAACUCAGUAUAUAAGACCGGCAUUCUGGUGCUUUCGGAUGAUGAUGGAGUUGCAAAACAUAUGAAUCGAUUGACUACCAUAGAAGUCGAGAACGAGGAGGAUGAACUCGAGCUGCUCAAUAGACUUGUCGACAUAGUUCGCGAGGUUGAUCCAGAUAUCCUGACUGGCUUUGAGGUGCACAACGGCUCUUGGGGCUACCUAAUCGAACGUGCGCGUGUCAAGUAUGAAUUUGACCUUUGCAACGAACUAUCGCGGGUCAAGAGUCAAUCACACGGUCGAUUUGGCAAAGAUGCUGAUCGAUGGGGCUUUCAAACGACAUCUUCUAUUCGCAUCACCGGCAGGCAUAUGAUCAAUAUCUCGCGGGCCAUGCGAGGGGAACUCAAUUUGCGCCAAUAUACAAUGGAGAAUGUUGUCUUUCACUUAUUGCACAAACGCAUACCCCAUUAUGCGUUUUCAGAUCUUACAAGAUGGUUUCGAAGUGGUAUAUCUAGAGAUAUUGCCAAGACAGUGAACUACUUCCUCACUCGAGCGCAGAUCAACCUGCAGAUCCUGGAAGCAAACGACCUUAUCCCUCGGACAUCGGAGCAAGCGCGCCUGCUUGGUGUUGACUUCUUCUCCGUUUUUUCGCGCGGCUCGCAGUUCAAGGUUGAGUCAAUAAUGUUCCGAAUAGCAAAACCAGAAAACUACAUUCUUGUAUCUCCAUCAAGAAAACAAGUGGGACAACAGAACGCUCUUGAAUGUUUACCCCUGGUAAUGGAGCCACAGUCCGCAUUCUACCCAUCUCCUUUACUUGUUCUCGAUUUUCAGUCAUUGUACCCCAGCGUUAUGAUUGCAUACAACUAUUGCUAUUCGACUUUCCUCGGUCGGGUCGUCAAUUGGCGGGGUACCAACAAGAUGGGCUUCACAGACUUUAAGCGGGAACCACGUCUACUCGAACUUGUCCAAGACCACAUCAAUAUCGCACCGAACGGAAUUAUGUAUGUCAAACCGGAGAUGCGGAAAAGUUUAUUAGCAAAGAUGUUAAGUGAAAUACUGGAAACCAGAGUGAUGAUUAAAAGUGGCAUGAAGGAGGACAAGGACGAUAAAAUUCUGCAGCAACUUCUCAAUAACAGACAGCUUGCUCUAAAGCUCCUUGCGAAUGUUACUUACGGCUAUACUUCUGCGUCGUUCAGUGGGCGCAUGCCGUGCUCAGAGAUCGCCGAUAGCAUUGUCCAGACUGGCCGUGAGACACUUGAGAAGGCCAUAGCACUGAUACACUCUGUUGAAAGAUGGGGAGCUGAGGUAGUAUACGGCGAUACUGACUCAAUCUUUGUCUAUUUGAAGGGGCGCACUCGAGAAGCAGCAUUUGAUAUUGGGCAGGAAAUUGCCGAGGCCGUCACAAAUGCUAAUCCUCGACCAAUCAAGCUCAAAUUUGAGAAAGUAUAUCAUCCUUGCGUCUUGUUGGCCAAAAAACGAUACGUAGGGUUCAAAUACGAACACAAGAGUCAACAAGAGCCAGAAUUUGAUGCAAAAGGCAUUGAGACGGUGAGGCGAGACGGCACACCAGCCGAUCAAAAGAUUGAAGAGAAAGCACUCAAACUGCUAUUUCGCACACAGGAUUUAAGCAAGGUCAAGAACUACUUUCAAGCUCAAUGCAUGAAGAUCAUGGCUGGCAAAGUUUCUAUCCAAGAUUUCUUAUUCGCAAGGGAAGUCAAGCUGGGGUCAUACUCUGACAGAGGUCCUCCGCCUCCAGGAGCUCUUGUUGCGACGAGGAGGAUGCUUCAAGAUGCGAGAUUGGAACCACAGUACGGCGAAAGGGUGCCUUAUGUGGUCAUCACAGGCGCACCAGGCGCUCGACUUAUAGAUCGCUGCGUAGAUCCCGAACAGCUACUAAACAACGACCAGCUUGAACUUGAUGCGGAAUACUACAUCACAAAAAAUAUAAUACCGCCACUCGAGCGGAUUUUCAAUCUCGUUGGAGCGAACGUACGGGCUUGGUACGAUGAAAUGCCAAAAUUACAGCGAAUCCGGGCCAUUCGGACGCCAGCACAAUGCGUUAAUACCGGUCUCGGCGGAACGAAGAAAACUUUAGAGGCGUACCUGCAAAGUACGACUUGUCUAGUAUGUCGUGCGAAGCUUGCGCCGUUGCCAGCCUUGUCGGCAAACAAUUCAGGCCAAACACCGCCGCCGCUCUUGUGCGAAAGAUGCAUGAAGCAGCCUGCUUUGGUCUUGUAUGCGUUGCGGACGCGAAGACGGGACGCAGAGAAGCGAGUCAGAAAUCUGCGUGACAUCUGCAGAAGCUGUUCGGGGUUCGGCUUUGAGGAUGAAAUCAAAUGUGACAGCAGGGACUGUCCCGUGUUCUACACCCGAAUGAAGGAAGACGCUGCAUUUGAGCACUUGAAUGGACAAUUUGGGAGUGUUGUCGGUGCUCUUGAGAGGCAGGGCUUUGAAGAUGGCCCGGAAUGGUAAGGCUUCGAAUAGACGAACUUGAAUGUUUUCCGGUUGCAUAGCACUGGCGAUACUUGGGGUUGUAAAUUACAUCAAUGUACC